GCGGUAGAGAGGGCUUUGCGCCGUUUUAAAUAAUUCGCAACGGCCCUGCAAAAGGAACAGGCCGAUUGUUCCCUCGAUUCCCUCCCGCCGACCUCUGUCCCCGACUAACUGAGCCAAUUGGACAUCCCCGGAAUCCUCGUCCUCGUCCCCUUCGGUCCAUUCCGAUUUCGCCCUUCUCUCCGUGUUUUUUUGCGCGAAGCCACAAUCCCGCAACUCAGCCCAUCAUGCUCCGAUCCGUCGCGGGACGCGCUGCGACCUCGGGCCUUGUGAAGGCGGCGCUGCCUCGGGCGGCCACCAGAGCUUCGGCCCUCACAUGCCAGGCGGCUUCCCCGCAGCAGCAGCUCCAGCUACGACUCCAAGCCUCCGGCGGCUUGCGACUUGCCAGAGCCAUCCACAGCACUUCCUCCAGAAUGUCCGCCACACGAACCGAGAGCGACGCCUUUGGCGAGGUCCAGGUCGCCGCCGACCGCUACUGGGGCGCCCAGACCGAGCGGUCCCUCGAGAACUUCAAGAUCAACCAGCCGCAAGACCGCAUGCCCCCGCCCAUCGUCAAGGCUUUUGGUAUCCUCAAGGGCGCCGCCGCCACGGUGAACAUGCGAUAUGGCCUCGACCCCAAGAUUGGCGCUGCUAUCCAGGAGGCUGCCAAGGAGGUCGCCGACGGCAAGCUCCUCGACCACUUCCCCCUCGUCGUGUGGCAGACUGGCUCCGGUACCCAGUCCAACAUGAACGCCAACGAGGUUAUCUCUAACCGCGCCAUUGAGAUCCUCGGCGGCACCAUGGGCUCCAAGAAGCCCGUCCACCCCAACGACCACGUCAACCGCAGUGCCUCGUCCAACGACACCUUCCCCACCGUCAUGCACAUCGCUGCCGUCCUCGACAUCGAGGGCGAGCUCCUCCCCUCGCUGCGCUCGCUCCGCACCGCCCUCCAGGCCAAGGUCGACGACUUCGAGGCCAAGAAGAUCAUCAAGAUCGGCCGCACCCAUCUCCAGGACGCCACCCCCCUCACCCUCGCCCAGGAGUUCUCCGGCUACGUCGCCCAGCUCGACUUCAGCAUCAAGCGCGUUGAGAGCUCCCUGCCCGACCUACGCCUGCUCGCCCAGGGCGGCACCGCUGUCGGUACCGGUAUUAACACCUUCGAGGGUUUCGCCGAGGCUAUUGCCGAGGAGGUCACCAAGAUGACCGGCACAGAGUUCAAGACUGCCCCCAACAAGUUCGAGGCGCUCGCCGCCCACGACGCCAUCGUCCAGGCCCACGGCUCCCUUAACACCCUCGCUACCUCUCUUUCCAAGAUCGCUCAGGAUAUCCGCUACCUUGGCAGUGGUCCCCGCUGCGGCCUCGGUGAGCUCAGCCUACCUGAGAACGAGCCCGGUUCCAGUAUUAUGCCUGGCAAGGUCAACCCCACCCAGUGUGAGGCCCUCACUAUGGUCUGCGCCCAGGUUAUGGGUAAUAAUGUCGCCACCACUAUUGGCGGCAUGAAUGGCCAGUUCGAGCUUAACGUCUACAAGCCCCUCGUCAUUCGCAACCUUCUCCACAGCUCCCGCCUGCUCACUGACGGCAUGGCCUCAUUUGAGAAGAACCUGGUUGUCGGCCUCCAGGCGAACGAGGAUAAGAUUGCCAGCAUCAUGAAGGAGUCCCUCAUGCUAGUCACCUGCCUCAACCCCAAGAUCGGCUACGAUAUGGCUAGCAAGGUCGCCAAGAACGCUCACAAGAAGGGUCUGACACUCAAGGAGAGCGCCCUCGAGCUUGACGCUCUGACCGAGGAGGAGUUUGACACCCUCGUCAAGCCCGAGCUGAUGGUCGGCCCCUCACCCUACAAGGGUUAACAUGACCUGCUAAACCUAGACGGAUGCGAGCUCUCGAGAGGGCCGGUCAGUCCUGUAUCAAUUAGUCUAUAAAAUGCCCCCUGCUAGAUAACCGAGCCGAGCAAAGCAAACUCUAUUUGGCUUGCUCGCGCGGUCUGGGAAAGCGAAACUAGAUACCUACUCAAACAGUUUAAAAAGAACAUUGAUC